AUGGAUUGUUUACAAAGAUCUGGUAUUACAUUAGAAAUGUUAAAUACUUUAUCAGUUAUACAUGUGGCAGGUACUAAAGGAAAAGGUUCUGCUUGUGCAUAUACAGAAGCCAUUUUACGUGAACAUGGUUUUAGAACAGGAUUUUUUAGUUCUCCACAUUUGGUUUCUACAAGAGAACGUAUAAGAAUAAAUGGGCAACCAGUAGAUAAAGUACAUUUCAUUCAAUAUUUUUGGAAAAUAUAUAAGAAAUUAGAGGAUACAAAAGAACAUGAAUUUGAUAUGCCUGGAUAUUUUAAUUUUUUGACAAUUCUCAUGUUUGAUAUUUUUUUAAAUGAAGAUAUUGAUGUUGCUAUAAUUGAAACUGGAAUUGGAGGAUUAUAUGAUUGUACAAAUCUUGUAAGAAAUCCUGUAUGUGUAGGUAUAACUAGUUUAGCAUUAGAGCAUACUUCUUUAUUAGGUAAUACUCUUGAAGAUAUAGCUUAUCAGAAAUCUGGUAUUUUUAAACCACAAACUGUAGCAUUUUCUGUUCCACAAUUACCAGAAGCAAUGCAGGUAUUACAUAAAAGAUCAAUUGAAGAAAAUUGUACAUUAUAUGUUGUUCCUCCUUUUCAUGAAUAUAUGUGGGAAAAUGUUUCACCUAUUUUAAAAGUAGCAAAUAAAAUUCAGCAACAAAAUGCUUCUUUAGCUAUUCAGAUGGCUAUUACAUGGAUAAAAUUUAAAAGAGAGAAACAUUCAACUGUUUCAGAAUCUGCUGAAAUAAAUGUAUCUAUGGAUAAGAUUGCAAUAGGUUUGUCUUCAUGUAAAUGGCCAGGUCGAAUGCAAAUUUUAAGAAGUAGUGUUGCUGACUUUUUUUUAGACGGUGCGCAUACAACUGAAAGCAUUGAAAGUGGUAUUUCUUGGUUUAGUGAAGUAAGUAAUAAGAGAGGAAAAAGAUUAUUAAUUUUUAAUACAUCUGGUACCCGAGAUUCAACAAGAUUGUUAUCACCUUUAAAGUCUUUAUGUUUCUAUAAAGCAUACUUUGUGCCAAAUUACGCGGGAGUUAAAACCAUAGAUGAUCAAACGAAUUGUGCGUCAAUAAAUGAAGAAAAGAAAAAAUGUGAAAUUAAUUCUAAAAUAUGGGGAACGAAUUCAAUAGUUGCAAAUAGUGUUUUUGAAGUUUUACAAGACAUAAAAAACAAUGCAAAGCAACGAAGUAAUUCUAAUAACGUAGAAAAAUAUCAAGUAUUUGUUACAGGAUCGUUAUAUUUGAUAGGUGCAGUUCUUGCCAUUUUAGAUCCAAACUUGACGAUGACUACGAAAUUUUAA